UUCCAACCCCACUGAUGUAAAAAGUAGGAGAAGACACAUUACAAAGUAGUACCUUUACCUCUAAUAAGUCUCUAGUUUUUAAUGACAGGGACUCUGGGCUAGAUACCUCAAUAUCUCUAUGAGACCAGAAAUGAUUGACUUUGCUGUUAUGCAUUGUCUCUGGUAGUUGUGUUCUGAAAGAAAGUUAAAGCUCAGUGCUUUUUUAAGAGGCAAUAAAAAUAUAAGCAAUGGUUGUCCCAAAGGAUUCAUUAUUCAAGGGAGCACAACACUAGAUUACGAGGGAAACUGAAAUAGGAUUGAGGCUUGGAAGUCACAAAACAUUUGAGAUACUAAGUAAAAAAAAUCGAGGCAUCAACACAAAAGAGAGCUACUGAAGUAAAAAGGUUUCUACUCAUCUACAUAAUUGCGAAUGGAGAAUGAGAGGAAGGCAAAUCCUUUUCCAGUUUCAAGCUAUACUCUGGGUAGAAUGAAGCCUGCAGAAUGAGCACUAUUAGGAGAAAAAAUUACAGGACACAAUGUUUGUGUAUCAUGAUAAUGUCUUUGUAAAUAUGCAUAUAAACAUGGUUUCUGAUCAGAACAAGUACCUUCCUUUUCUUCUUAGGGAUUUCUUCCUGACUUACAGCCCAUGUCCUUAAAUGCUUGUAAUUUUUAUAAAUACUGAACUUGAUCUAUAACACUCCAUAGGUUGUUGGUUUUUUUUUUCUUUUCUUUGAUGAUUCUAAACCACAAGAACUUAACAAAGACUUAAGCAACUAUUUAAGCACAGCUCUUUACCUCAGUAUGCAAAUCCUUCAAAAAAUUCUUAAUGUCCUGACAAAUCACAUUAAAAAAGUCCAAACUUUUAUCCAUCUCCAACAUUUCUUUAAUCGACAAUAAUCCACCUUGCUUGUAAAUAUCCAGUGGCAUUUUAACUCAGUGCUUCCUAUAUGAUCUGGAACUUGACACUUGAGCAUACUACCAUCAGGCUAUCCUAUUGGCUGCAGAACCAAUUAAAUUGAAGAUGAUUAUACAAAAUUACUCAACCUAGUCAAUGUUUUGCUAAGAUAUUCCAGUUUCCUUAUUUUUUUACAUGGCUUGCUUAUUCAUUAGGUACAAAGGUUGAAAAAAAACAAAGUGCUGUUACAUGAUAUAUUUCUUGUCAGUGCAGUGAGAAGUCUGUGUGGGUAUAUGGUGCUCCAAGAAGCAACAGAAAGACUCUGAAGAUGAAAAUGUCCUGGCUCAUAAUCUGGGCUGGAAUGCUGCUUUGGAAUCAAGUUACUGCUGACUGCAGCAUUACUUCUCAAACUGUAAGUUAUGUGUCAUUUGUGAUGAGUCUGGAAAGAACCUCUCUAGCAUCCCCACUGAUUUGUUGCAAAAUGUUACUGAACUAAAUCUCAAAAAUAAUAAAAUUACUUUAAAACACGACAAAAACAUUCUUAUAAGGCUUGCUAACCUCACUAAGCUUCAUCUGAAUGAAAACAUGAUUACUGUACUGCAUAAUAACAGCUUCUACAAUUUGACAAAACUUGUAAUUCUGGAUAUCAGCAACAAUUAUAUUAAUACAGUUCAUCAAGCAGCAUUUGCAGGAUUAUAUCAACUGAGAGUGCUGAAUCUUUCCUAUAACAGGAUUACUCAAUUAGAUUCAGAUGUAUUUUCUUCUCUAAAAAAUCUAAGAGUUUUGAAUCUGCAGAAUAACCUUUUGGAAUCUUUUCAUAUAAAACCAUCUUUUAAAUUGACUACAAUUACCUUAGAUGGAAACCCAUGGAACUGCUCCUGCAGCCUCCUUGAUUUACAAAUGUGGCUAACUGCUUCUAAAGUCACAAUGGAAAAUGAAAACAACACUACGUGUACAUUCCCAAACAUGAAGCAAAAAGUCUCUAUCAAGACUGCAACUAUUAAACUAGUUGACUGCGAAGCUGAAAAACUUUCUGAAGAAACCACUAUGCCUUCCACCUAUGCCAUUAAGCAUCGAAGCACAGUCUUUCUAACAGCUCUGACUUCAAACAUCACUGGAAACAAUGGAACACAUGCAGAACUUCCAGUUCUCGGCAAAAGCUGGACCUUCCUCGUGGGAGUGCUAGGGUUUGUCCUAAGCACUACACUCCUGAUUUUCACUGCCAUAAAAUGCCCAACAUGGUAUCAGUAUUUGAUGAGCUACAGACACCGUCGUCUGGAAGAAAACGACCCUGAGAUGUUUGAACAGGAGUUCUCAGCAGACAUGAGUUCCUUUCCUGCAGUAUCAGACAUAGACAAUGAGGAUCCCAUAGUAAUAUUUGACAAAACUAACACAUUUGAACCUGAGGAAGAUGGAUUUAUUGAGGACAAAUACAUAGAUACUUAUGUAACUGAGCAGUGCUAAUAUCUUACGCAGUGGACAAUGAACUGACUUUUCAAUCUAUUCAGCCUUCCACAUUACACUAUUUAAAUACAGUACAAAGUGAACCUAAGCAGCCUGGCAUCUCAAAAAAUUUGUAACAAUGUACUGCUGCACGAGUCAUAAAGGUUAAAAAUUUGGUCAUGUUCACAUGUUAGUGCCACAACAAAUAUUUUGAAAAAUGAAAGAAUACUGAUCAUCCAUGUUUUAGAAAAAACACUACAAAUUAUGGGAGGAAAAGAGCUUACUGUACACUGCCUAAAAUGACAAAGUCCUUAAAAAGCAGGUUGUGAGCCUGAUAUAAUUACUGACACUGUAAAGAUGAAGAAGUCAGAGACAAAAAACUCCUUUUUUAAACAUCUGAAAUAGAACACAGUCAGACUGGGGACUGAACCCAAAUCAACGGCAUCAUAGCUCAGUGGUUUAACAGGCAAAACAAAUGUCUACAAAUAUUUACGCUGAAUCAGUAGGCCAACUUAAAUGUGCCUACAUACAGUAAAAUGAUAACCAGCACUACUUAUUUGACGCCUUUGUGCCUUAGUUCUUGAUCAAACCAAGUCUCUGCACACUUUGUUAACACUUAGACUGUACUUAGAGAUAAAUCAGACAUAUUUAUGAGCUGUUGAAAACCACAAUAAUAGUGCAAAACGAGUUAUUAAAUGCCAAAUUGCUAUUUUAAAACUCAACCUUUCAGCCUAUCACCACACAUACUGUUCUCAGGACUUACAAAUUCCUACUGCAAACAGCUCACUUCCUUUACAUAAAUCCUUACUUAUUUAUAUAUGCAUACUUACUCCUUUAUAUACAUCCUACCAGGCAGGAAUUGCUUUCUAGUCUCCACUUAUGCUUACUUUUUCCCCUCUGCUACUACAAUACAACAUCCUCAAUCUGCCAUGAGUAGGUUUCCACAAACCAGGAGACUUCUAUGCCACCCAUCUUUUUCUGGAUGAAAGGUAAGUUACUAUCACAGCAGAUACUCAGAAGAAUUUAAAAACAGAAACUCCAGCUUUGACUUGAUACUGGUAUAUGAUCUGAAAAGUGUUUGGAUAUCAUUUGUUUCACAGAUUAGACUGCUGACAAAUUCCUGAAUUCAGUAGCUUCUCCAUUGUUCUCAGGUAAAGAGUUGGCAGUAUUUGACAGGCAUAUACUUUGUGUACUUACGCUUGUUUUUCUGUGAAAAUUUUAUCCACACUUUGAGCAUCUCGGUCAUUCUGAACUUUUAACUAGAAAAAAAAGAAAAAAUAUAUAUUUGAAUGUAAUAUAUAAGAAGAAAACAUAUUGUAUGUACAAGUUCAAGGUUUUCUGUAAUGGAGAAAGAAGCUGCUCAGAAUGCAACAGAGAAAGGAAGAGCAAAGGCCUGCUGCUCUUGUUCUCAUGCUGGCCUGAAGAAACAGUUUCUGAAAUUCCAGUCUUCCACUGCACCUCUGUGUUUGAAAAACAAGUGCAAUCAAGGCUGUAGCAAACCAAUUUGCAAACUAUUACUAUGGCAUUCAUUAGUAAAAUAGUGUUUAAGCCCAUAGAUAGAAUGCAAAUCUAACAGAGCACUCUUCCCUUUGUGUCACAGACAAUGAGACUUUAUUUUUAAAUGAAACGUGGAAAAAAAAAAAAAAAUUGGCCAAGAAACACAGGUGGUUUUUCAAGCUACCAAAAUAACAGAAAAAGUAAUCUCAAGAAAUGGAAAAUGCCUAAUGCUUUUAAGGCACUUGUAUAAAUUGUCUCACUAUCUUGGAAAAUUAAGAAAAUUAAAAAGAACAAAGCUGAUUGAUUCUGUCAUUGGCCACAUCACAGACUUGACUGGAGUUAUUUAAAAGACAGAAAACAGAAGAGAAGUAAAAUUUCUAGAGCAUUAGGAAGCUUCAAGUUGCAGGGCAGACAACUGAAUUUGCCUUUCAUCAGGCAUAGUGUUCUAUGCUUUUUGGUCGGUAACACUCGCAAUUUCACUUGGGAACACAGCCUUCUCAAAUUUAAGACACAUUCACUAUCAUCACAGAAGGACUAUCAUCUGUCCAUACUUUGGACAGUUGUCUCACUGCACACACAUGAUGUUGCCAAGAUUUCGGUCCAAUUUAAACUGGAGAAGAAAGUAUACAAUGUAAAUUAGUACCAUGCUUUUCUAUAUAUGUAAUGUGUUCAAAGCACAGAUAUC